GCCACACAUGGGGCAAAGUCCAGCUACCGGGCAGCUUGCAUGGUGGUCUACGAAUGUCCACCAUCGACGAACUUUCCAUCGCCAGUGGCGCCGAAAAACUGGAAAAAAAACCGCAAAAACCAUCGACUUUUGCGCGGUGGCGCGUGGCCAAUGGUGGUGCUGAUGUAGAUGUUCUAUUGCACUGGCAUGCCGACCUGCCACAACUUCCAAACAAUCAGGAAGAACCUAUUUGUACAGUACAACUGUGUGACCCUCGCGGCCAAGACGAUGGUUUGGAAUUGCUGGAAGCCAGAUUGCAGCAACAUCACUUGGCACGACCAUUGCUGGCAUGGACUGAGACGCAACUGCAACGGUUGAUGGAUGUCAUGGCCCAUCAAAGCUGUGGGGAUGCGCCCCACCAGGACGAGGUCCGGCUGCGUCGCGCGCCCGGACGCAUGGUCAUCGACGUGCAUUUCCGGAGACCAUUGUUGUCGGCCCCCGUGGAACUUGGGGGCUGCGUGGUGGAAAUUUUGAACGCCUAUUCGUCUGGCAUGUCGCAGAGCAGUGAAGUGCUUCAUUUGCUCCGGUCUGCUGCAUGUGCACAGCGAGUGCAUCAAGCCGCGCUGGCGGAGACGAAUGAGAGCCUGCAGGCCUUGUGGAGAGAUUUGGGGCGCCUGGAAGGUGACUGGACUAGCGCAGUGGAGCAGGCCCAGAAAAAACACCGUGGGUUCCUACAGCGCUUUGCUCUAGUGUUGCAAGCGAAGAUUGACAAGGAGCGCUCCUUGCAUAACGAGAUUCAGGAGAAACGCUGGGCAAGGAUGGGAGCUGCUAAUGUGGCUCGCUUGCCCGAAGUUGCGCAAGAAGAUGCACUGGUGGAGGGCAAGCCUCCUGGUGCUGGCCGCGGCAGACGCGGUAGAGGUGGCCGCACUGGGCGCGGUCGUGGCCGUGCCGCAGCUCGAGGGGCCGCUGCAGGUGCGGAGGACAGAUCUCCCAGCCCAGUGGCAAAGAAACAGAAGGUGUCCAAAGAGGCUCCGCUAGCUGUGCCAGGUGCCAAUCAACUUCGGUCGAGCUGCGAGCACACUUGGCGGAAUCACCACGCAGGGCUUGACGGUUCCUCCAAGCAUGUCAGCGGCACCUGCGACGCACAGUCUGUUCGACCCGGACUCGGAGGCAUUUGCUGCACGGAGAUUUGAAAUUUUGCGAGGGGAUGGGUAUGAGGAGCAGGAAGACGAGCCUGCGCGGCCUGCGCAGCCUGCGCAGCCUGCGCAGCUUGCACAGCCUGCGCCCAGCGCUUCUGCGACUGUUCCAGCCCUUCCUUCAGCGGCUUCAAAGCAGGAGCCAGCACCAAAGGGCCCGCGGCGCCCUAGUGGCGUGGGAGUCGGCGAUCUCUUUUUCAGCGACAGCGAGUGAAAAAAU